AAUAUUAAACUUUGUAGGUGUGAAACCUCAUGUCUAAGAUUCAGUCAGGUGCAAAAGUUUGUACACCCCAAGUUCAGUCAGAGAAACACAAAGACCUGUCACACCUACACGAUUAGGCAUAAGGUUAUGAGGUUAUGAUUAUCUCUUCAUCUUGGCACCUAUUGGUGGGUGGAUUUAUUUAUUAGGCAUCAAGUGAACAUUGAUGUGAGAAGCAGAAAAAAUGGGGCGAGCGUAAGGAUUUGAGAAGCAGAUUGUGAUGUCUAGACGACUGGGUCAGAGCAUCUCCAUAACUGCAGCUCUUAUGGGAUGUUUCUGGUCUGCCCUGGUCAGUAUCUAGGGCUUAAACCUCCACCUCGACCUUCUGAUCAGUAAACCAGUGCCUUACCCACAGAGCCUAACGCCAGAACCGUUGCCACAGAGCUACCAUUUUCUUCUUCCAAGGGCUCAAUCACUGACACAGUUGGCAAUUCUGGGGCUUGAUCAGAGUUCAGGGUUGGCCAUGACAGAGGAGGAGAGAGAGGAUUCUACUUGUUCUCCGAGUAUCCCAAGAAGCUGAGGUCAGAGCGCCCCUGGAGCAGAGAGAGUUAAGGGCCCAACCUGCUGAAGUGGCAGUUUGACGAUCCUGGGGUUUGAACCUUUUGAUUAGCAACCCAGAGCCUUAAUCACUGAGCUGCCGGUUCCCAAACCCGGUACAGAGCCUCGCUCAAGGAGCCGAACAGUUUCAGCAUCUCAGUGGUGACGUUUUACCAUGUAACUCAGAUGGUGUUCAGUCAGGCAGCUUUACAACAUCAAGAAGCUGACGAGGAGGUGAGAUCAGGAUGUCUGCAUCGGCAUCAUCUUCGCUCCACCUCGGCCAGGACAGCGCAGUGCGCUACAAGAAACGCAAGGCCAAUUUCACUUUCAGCGAAGUGCACAUUCUGCUGGACGAGGUGCGCAAAAACCGGCACAUCGUCGUGGGUAAGUUUAAUUCAGGCAUCCCCAGCGACUUGAAGAGGAGGAAGUGGACGGAGAUCACGCAGCGCAUUAACGAGAUCGGCGAGUGCGACCGCGAGGUCGGUGAGGUCAUUAAGAAGUGGUCCGACCUCAAGUGCGACACCAAGAGGAAAAUUGCAGCGCUGCACUCGGGCGCGAACCUGCCUCACUCGUCGGAACUCACGCAGACCGAGAACAUCGUGGGCUCCAUCCUGGAGCUGGACAAGAAGCCGUGGGAGGCGACGCGCUCGUCGCGGGGACGCAGCAGGAGCGAGGACCAGGACGCGCUCGCAGCAGACGACGAUGAUGACAUCGCCUUCAUGGGGCCGGGAUCGGUUCAGGAUUCCCCCAGAUCGGGGAUCGAGCCGAAGCCGUUGCCGCCUCCUGCCGGAGCACCUGCGGGAGGAUUCGACCCUUCGAUUACAACAGACGCAGACUCUCGCGGGAUGGACUCGGAUGACGAUCACCACGACAUCUUCCCCUCGUCUAUGAAUAACUCGUUCACGGAGGACGAUGGCAACCCGAGCAACGCCGCGCACGUCUCCUCCUCCUCGGCCGGGCACGGUCAGGUGGGUGCGGAGUCGGAGAGCGCACGUGAACAGCUAGCGCAAAGCGCUAGCCUGAGCGUGCAGGAGCAGCACGUGACGAACGCGUUGCUGGGCACGGUGUCACGCUCGCUCGAGCUUCUAGCCGAGUCGGUGCAGCAGCUGGCGGAGACGCAGCAGGAGUUUGCGCGCGAGUCGCUUCGGCUGCAGCGGGAGACGGUACAGGUGCUGCGAGAGUUCGCCUCCGGGGCGCUAACACUUCUGCAUGAGAGGGUCAACGGCAAACCGCCGCUUAUUUAGAGAGACCCCCGGAGCUGGAACAGCGUCACUGCCAAAACCGUUACCACAGCAUCGGGACUGUGACGAACCACACUAACUUCAUCGCUAUGUGUAAAUAGAAACCCGACGGAGGUCCUGCCGUUACCCUCGUCCUCGUCUGUUGAGCAGAAUAAUCGGAUCGCUUUUAAGAAAAAAACAUAAGCCGUCCUUCCCAUCGAUAUUUUUUUUUUCCUCACACAAACGCUAAUCGACAGCGUCCUGGAAACAGCGUUAACGAUGAAGUUUUAGAGCGGCCGCGAUGAUCACAUUGAUCAUAUGGUCUGCCUAAUAUUGAUUCAAUAUGGUCACAAAACUGUCUCUAACGGCUUCUCGAGACUCAUAAACUACUUGAACAUCACGUUAAUGUUGUGAGUAUAAAAUCGUUUAUUGACACACCUGAGACUUCCAUUAGCGGAGUUUGGUGCAGUGUUUGUGUAGCGAGAGUUCUCUCCGGGACGUCGAUCUUUUUUUUUUGUCUGUUUUACUGCCGAGCGCUUGGUCGAGGUAACCUUCAGUAGCUACGGUUGCUAGGCAGCGAUGGGCAGGGCUUCGAAGCUGAUGAGAUUCUGAAGCUUUUUUUUUUUUUUUUGAUGAAAAGGAAACAAAUUUGCGUCCGUUUACACUCUGCUAAAACACGAUUGGUAGAUGCCAUGUUUUUAUACGUUUUUUUUUUUACUUUUAUGUAAUCAUGGGUUCGGAUUUAUGCCUGAAAAUGGAGCGAGGAAAAAACGAACCUCGUGUUAUGAUGUUUCUUUGGCUCCUAUUAAUAACACUGAAGACGUGAUUUAUAUCCUGGGAAUUUUGUUGUUUGUUUUUCAGUUUUUAUACUGUAAAAACUUGCAUCCAAUGAAAAGGUGUUUGAACAGUUCAUGGUUUAAGAUUUUUCUGUCAGGAUAAAAACGGUAUUAAACUUCUGGAUGCCUUACAUCAUGUACAUUUUAUCUAAAGGAAGUGAAAUAAAGUCUCUGCUGCUCUUUUCUUUGGAGAAGAUUUA